AUGUUCGGUCGCAUUGGAGGCCAGGCGCUUCGCUGUGCCACUCGUCGUCCAGUUGCGCGCCGCAAUCUCUGUGGUCGCAAGUUCUCCCAUACUGCGGCUAACGCUUCCGCUGCUCCAGCACCGUCACCACUCGGGGGAAUCACAGUUGAAUUAGAUCGCAUUGCCCCCCGGUUCGAGAUUUCAGCGUCUCAAGUCACGAUUUUGAACUCGCCGGCUCAGUUCUAUUCCACCCUCAAGCAUAAAAUCCGCAAUGCCCGGAGGCGCGUUUACCUCUCGACACUCUACAUUGGCAAGACCGAAUACGAAUUGAUCGAUACCAUUGCAGAUGCUCUGCGCGAUAAUCCGGAACUUCAAGUCUCUGUUCUUGCCGAUGCGCUACGCGGCACUCGAGAAACUCCCAACCCGUCAUGCGCUUCGUUGCUUUGUUCGUUGGUGGAGGAGUUUGGACCUGAACGGGUGGACAUUCGGAUGUACCAUACGCCCAAUCUGACGGGUCUGAAGAAGAAACAUAUUCCUCGUCGAAUCAACGAGGGUUGGGGCUUGCAGCACAUGAAGCUGUAUGGAAUUGAUGACGAGAUUAUCAUUUCGGGAGCAAAUCUGUCCGAUGACUACUUUACCAACCGUCUGGACCGGUACCAUGUGUACAGUUCUAAGGCAUUGGCAGACUAUUACGCUCGUAUCCACCAUGGCGUCUGCAGUCUGAGCUUCCAGGUCUUGCCAGACCCUAACAACACCUCCGCAUAUCUCCUGGAAUGGCCCACAACCAAUGGAGCUCCAUCACCUCUAGACAGUCCCGAAGACUUCAUUGGAUACGCAUCAACAACUCUCGGCCCCCUUAUCCAACCAUCCGACAAUAAACCCGUUCUCCCCUCUACCUCUAGCCAAACCUUUGUAUAUCCUGUUGCACAGUUCACCCCAAUUCUCAAGCCUGACACUUCUACCGAGUUUCCAGCUGUCACCAGUAUUCUUCGCCUCUUGUCCGAAUCAUCCGCAUUCGCCGGAGCCCGUUGGCUUUUCACGGCAGGCUACUUCAACAUCCACCCAGUCCUUUCCUCACUAUUGAUCGCCAGCACAUCAACCAAUGCCAAAGCCCCAUCCACCACACAAGGCACAGUUCUGACUGCCUCGCCAUGGGCCAAUGGAUUCUACGGUUCGCCGGGUAUAUCAGGCAUGUUACCUGCAGCCUACACUCACCUCUCUGCGCGCUUUCUCGAUCGUGUCGCUGCCGCUCAAGCGACCAAUUCCAUCCAGCUGAGGGAAUGGCGCCGCGGUACUGUCGGCACACCAGAAGGAUGGACCUAUCAUGCUAAGGGUCUUUGGAUUACAUUGCCGAACGAAGAGCAUCCCAGCCUCACCUUUGUGGGUAGCAGUAACUACACAAAACGGAGUUACAGUCUCGAUAUCGAGGUCGGCGCGUUGAUGAUCACAAAUGAUCAAGAGUUGAAGCGCAAGCUCGGUGAGGAGACCGAGGUGCUCCAGAAGGAUUCCAAGCCCAUCUCGCGCGAGGAUCUUAUGCGCACGGAGCGUCGCGUGGGCUGGAAUGUGCGAUUGGCUAUGUGGAUCGUUGAGAAAGUUGGCGGAGCUCUGUAG